AUGGCAAGUGAGCAGCCAUCGCUUAUUGCUGAGAAUGAUGGUGAUAAGCCAAAGAGCUCUUUACGGACCGAAAGGGCGUUUUCCACUCGCUACACCACAACGAUGGGCCUGGCAUUUGGGAGGCAAACUACGAAAUUUGAUAUCCCGAUCCAUGACAAACGAACUUUGUUGGACAAAACAAAAAAAAAACGCCACCAGGACGACACGCAGUACACAGAAGAUUUUGAUGAACAAGAAAAUAGCCGAUACUUUGCAUACAAGCCCAAGAAUGAUGAUCGCGAUAUCUGCCCUAAAGAUCCCAGCUACACCAAUGUUAAGGUUCCCAUGGAAGUUACCUGUAAGAUACGUUUGAAGGUAGACACACGAAGAUAUAAUCGUCAGCUGAAAAGUGAAAUCUCAAAAUUAAUCGACUACCAAAACAACGCACUGGAAGCAGCGUAUUUUGUUAAAGUAAUGUCGUACACCACCUUGUGGCCACCAUAUCAUAGCAACCUGGAAAUAGAUACCACCUGCCGUAAGUUUUACCGGCUGUCGAAAAGGGAAUAGACCCGCUUUGACUUUAUUAUGUCGCAUGAGUUUUCCUGA